GGCUGGAGUAGAGUUGAUGAAAAAGCAUUGUUGUUUUUAUUUGGUGAAUUAGUGCCAUCCAUCUUCUUCACCUCCUGCAACUGGAGAAACACGUAUUUUACACUGAUGGAUCCGAGCAUCCAACUAAAAAAGAAGGCGUUUGCUGGUAUAAAACUGAAAAAGAAGAAAAAGGAAGAUAAAGGUUUAUUUAUAGCAAACAAAGACGCACUAGAUGAACAAGAUGACUUUGACACCCAGUCGUACAGCCCAGAAGUCGCUGGUGCAGAUGCUUAUGGAGCCAGUACUGACAUUCUAUCCAACAGUUUCUCCAGUAAUAUUUCCCACAGGAAAAGAUCAAAACCACUGUCCAAAAUACAAUCAACUGAAAGCAGGUCUCAACACUAUCAGAUUGCCAUUACAAUCACUGAGGGACGCCAGUUAGCUGGGGAAAAUAUCGACCCUAUGGUGAUAAUUGAAAUUGGUGAUGAGAAAAAACAAACAACAGUGAAAGAAGGAACAAAUUUCCCUUUUUACAAUGAGUACUUUGUCUUUGAUUACAUUGGUCCAGCAGAGAUACUGUUUGACAGAAUCAUUACAUUUUCGGUCAGGCAUUCCAAAUUGAUCGGAGGAACGCUGAUUGGAGCUUUUAAACUGGAUGUCGGAACAGUUUACAAUGAACCAGGUCAUCUUUUCAGCAAAAAGUGGGCACCUCUUAUUAAUCCCAGUGAUAUUAAGACAGGGGUGAAAGGUUACCUUAAAUGUGACAUUUCUGUGACUGGGAAAGGCGACGGAAUCCAAAUGCUUCAGAAAACCAGCCAGGCAGCUGAGGAAGAAAUUGAAAAGAACCUUCUCAAUCCGGUGGGGUUUCCAACAGAGAGGCCUUGGGCACGCUUUUUUGUCAAAAUUUACAAAGCCCAGGGACUUCCGAAGAUGAACUCGAGCCUUGUGGCAAAUGUAACAAAAGCAUUCAUGGGAGACAACAAGGAUUUCGUGGACCCUUAUGUCACAAUCACCUUCUUUGGUCAAAGGGGUCGAACAUCUGUGCAGAAAAACUGUGCGGACCCUGUAUGGAAUGAACAAAUAAUUUUCAAGGAAAUGUUUCCCCCGCUCUGCCGUCGAGUCAAAAUUCAGGUGUGGGACGAGGGAAAUGUCAAUGACGUCGUCAUUGGAACUCAUUAUAUUGACUUGCGGAAAAUAUCAAAUGAACAGGAAGGAGAUAAAGGAUUUUUGCCCACGUUUGGGCCAGCAUGGAUCAAUCUGUAUGGCUCCACCCGCAACUACACACUUAUGGAUGGCAAUCAGGAGCUCAAUGUGGGCUUUGGAGAAGGCGUGUCAUUCAGGGGCCGUCUCCUGAUUGAAAUUGCAGUGGAGAUUCUGUCAGCAAGCAUUAUCGACACCACAUUUUCAAAGCCGACAACGGAUUUGAAGAUUGCACCCAAAGAAUUGAAAUUGGGAAAGUCAGCAAUGCAAGAUUCCAACUCAUCCAGUUCUGAAAAGACAAAUUCAACUGAAGUUGAAGUGGAAUCAGUGGAACCUUGCAAAUGGAUCGAUGAAGAAAGUCUUAAGGGCUUUCUUCUGUUCGGCACCUUCUUUGAGGCAACAAUGAUUGACAGGAAACUUGGUGAAAAGCCAAUCAGUUUUGAGGUAUCCUUGGGGAAUUACGGAAAUGUUAUGGCGAGAGCUAUUACAACUGCAUCAAGCAAAAAGCGAGCACCAGAUACACAUGAGGAAGAAGCGACAUCAUUGCUGCAAGCCACUGGGUCAGAUCAAACCCUUGAGUCUGACAAUCCUGUUACCAAACCUGUGAAGCCGCUACUAACCGAGGGCAAUAGGAGUUACUACUACUUGCCAUUUCAUAACAAGAAACCAUGCGUCUUCGUCAAGAGUUGCUGGGAGGACCAGAUUUUUCGAUUGUAUAUUUCCAACUUCCUGGACAAAAUCGCUGACAGGCUUGAAGAAGGGUUGGAAGAGAUCAAAGAAUGCAUGAAGGUUUCUGAUUCCCGAAUGGAGAAGAAGACGAAAGAUGUUCUGAAUGAUUUUAUAGUCAGAUGCAGAGAUUUUACCGGCUUUGGACAGAUGGAUGGACUUCACCAGACAGUGCUUGAUAAGAAACGAGUCACCAUGAGCCGGCUGGAACUGGAGUUAAUGUCCCAUGAAGCCAAGAACAUUGUUCAGGGAAAGAAGAAAUUGUCUGUGAAUGAACAGCUACGUGCAAUCCAGAGCUGCAUACAAAGACUGCGAUUCCUUGUGGAUGAGCCACAGCAUACAAUUCCGGACGUGUUCAUUUGGAUGCGCAGCAGUAACAAGAGAAUCGCAUAUGCACGGAUUCCGGCUCGAGACAUCCUGUUUUCCGAGAAAACAAACGAGAAAGGAAAGGACUGUGGAAAAAUCAAAACAUUCUUUCUGAAAUUGCCAGGCAAACAUGUUACGGGCUGGACCGUACAAGCAAAAGUGGAUUUUUACCUUUGGUUGGGUUUGAUGAGACAUGUGGAUGCUAUGUUGACAAACUUACCCAAUGGAUUUGAAGCAGAAAUUCCAGCACCAAGCACUGGCCAUCAGCUUUCCCCACCCCUUAGCAUACUUUAUAAAGAUGAGCAUGUGUUUCAGCUAAGAUGCCACAUGUACCAGGCAAGAGGACUUCUGCCUGCUGACAGUAGUGGUCUUUCAGAUCCCUUUGCUAAAGUAACAUUUGUUUCACAAUGUCAGACAACUAAGGUUAUCACUCAGACUUUAUCACCUACAUGGAACCAGAUGCUCUUAUUCAAUAACAUCCACCUCUAUGGUGAAGUAAUGGAAAUCAGUGAGGAUCCUCCACUUGUGGUUAUUGAGGUUUAUGAUCAAGAUGCUGUUGGUAAAGCAGAGUACCUUGGCAGCACAGUGGCUCUUCCAGUUGUGCAACUGGUUGGGCAGGCUUAUACUCCCCCUGUACUUCAAUAUUACCCAAUGUACUGUGGCAGUGUACCAGGGGGUGAGCUACUUGUCGCUUUUGAACUCCUGCAGCUGUCUGAUCCAGAAGGUAAAGAUCUUCCUCCUGUGGAUGAACCAGAUGCAAAUCAGGUUUUGCUAGUGCCUGCCAACAUCCGUCCAAUCUUGAGCAAAUACAAGGUGGAGGUGUUUUUCUGGGGUCUUCGUGAACUCAAACGAGUGCAGCUCCUCAAUGUGGAUCGACCCCAAGUUUUCAUUCAAUGUGCCGGGUCACUCAUCAAAUCUUCCAUCAUCCAGAGUUACAAGAAAAAUCCCAAUUUUACAGUGCAAGCAGAGAGUUUCGUCGUGGAUUUGCCUGAGAAUGAACACCUACACUCAUCACUCUGCAUUUCCAUUGUCGACUGGAGGGCAUUUGGCCGAAGCACUUUUGUAGGGACGCACACAAUCGGCUCGCUGAAGCAGUAUAUCCGCAAACCUUCUCGACAUCACCCAACAAAACAUAACAGGACAAGAAAUGCCACUGACAGUGCUAAUGCAAUGCAAAGUGAAUCAGCGAAACUGGAAAGCAGUGUGUAUGUAAACAUUGGUAUAGAAAAUUAUCAUGGAUCAACAAAUUCAAGAAACGUACAACGUUCCAUGAAAAGGAGAUUGUCACGAAGGUUUACUUCCCGGAGGCUAAAGUCCUGUGUCGAUGAUAGUGAAAUUGUUGUGGACUGGUGGUCAAGGUAUUAUCAUUCUAUGGAAAAAGCUCAAAAGGUAAAACUGAAAGAUUCAAGGUCCAACCAACACACCAAGGGAAAUGAGAAUGUGUUGAACUUGCAUGACUCUCUGCUCUCUUUCGACGAUGAUGAUGUUGGGAAGAGAUGCAAAGAUCAAUUGCUCCAAUUGAGGAAAAUGCAGAUUCCAUGGUUGGCAACUCUAGAGAUAUAUGAAAAUGAUCUAGAAGAAUCAUUUGAUAACUUUAAUGAUUGGAUGCAAACGUUUGUCCUCUUUCGUGGCAAAGCAAGUGAAGAUGACACCAGUGCAGAUGAUGAAAGAAUUGUUGGAAAAUUCAAGGGUUCAUUCUUUGUGUGGAAGUGCAAUGACGAUUACGAUACAGGAGGACAAUACAACAUACCGCAGGGAAUGCCAUCCAAUACUCCCGUUAAAGUUUUAAUCCGAACCUACAUUGUAGCUGCUACCAACCUACAUCCAGCAGACCCUGAUGGCAAAGCUGAUCCAUACAUUGUACUGAAGCUUGGAAAGACUGAAAUUACGGAUCGCGACAAUUAUAUCCCAAAACAAUUGCAUCCACAAUUUGGAAGGUCCUAUGAUAUUGAGGCCACCUUCCCAAUGGAGUCUCUGCUCACAAUAGGAAUCUAUGACUUUGACAUGAUUGGAAAAGAUGACAUGAUCGGAGAAACCAAGAUUGAUCUGGAGAACCGCUUUUACAGCAGGCAUCGAGCCACCUGCGGACUGCCCUACAGAUACGAGAUAGAAGGUUCCAACGCCUGGCGUGAUUCCAUGAAACCAACAGAGAUCCUGAAGAGGGUGUGUAGGGAAAAUGGUUUCCAAAGACCCUUCUGUAAUUCAGAAGAGAUUGAAGUGAAUGGGAAAGUCUUUCACGGCAAAACAACCUUUCUGGACGAUGAAGAACUGGUGGUGUCCCAUGAACACCUAGCUCUAAAGGUGUUAAAUCAGUGGUCAACGAUCCCUGGGACUGGAUAUAGACUGGUUCCUGAACACAUUGAGUCAAGGCCCCUCUACCACAAUGACAGGCCAGGCAUUGAACAGGGCCGUGUUCAGAUGUGGGUGGACAUGUUCCCACUGGAUAUACCUCCUCCUGGGCCACCUGUUGACAUCUCCCCUCGCAAGCCCAAAGGGUAUGAACUCAGAAUCAUUAUUUGGAAUACUGAGGAUGUUGUAUUAGAAGAUGAGAAUUUUAUUACUGGUCAAAAAUCAAGUGAUAUCUAUAUCAAAGGUUGGCUGAAAGGAAAAGAAGAAGAUAAGCAAGAAACAGAUGUGCAUUACAACUCAUUGACUGGGGAGGGAAAUUUCAAUUGGCGUUUUAUCUUUCCCUUUGACUACCUACCUGCGGAGAAACUGAUGGUUAUAAGCAAGAGGCAUUCCAAUUUCUCUUUGCACAAGACAGAACGCAAACUUCCUGCAAUCCUUGUACUCCAGGUCUGGGAUUUUGAGAGGCUUUCUUCAAAUGACUUUCUAGGAUCCGUGGAGCUCGAUCUCAAUGAAUUUCCUUGUGGUGCAAAAUCUGCCAAGAAAUGUGGCUUACACAUGAUUGAAGAGGGUGCUCAGAUUAAACUUAUCUCAAUAUUUCAGCAGAAGCGUCUUCGAGCUUGGUGGCCUUUAGAGAAAUCAGGAGAGCUCACUGGUAAGGUUGAAGCUGAAUUCCAUCUGCUCACUGCCGAAGAGUCUGAGAAGAAUCCAGUUGGAAGUGGUCGUAAAGAACCUGAGCCGUUGGAGAAACCCAACCGUCCUGAUACCACCUUCACUUGGUUCAUGCAACCGUUCAAAUGCGUCUAUUAUUUCAUCUGGAAGAACUACAAGAAGUACAUCAUUAUUGGGCUCAUUUUGCUCAUUGUAACUUUGUUCAUUGUAUUGCUGAUCUACACACUGCCUGCUGCAAUAAGCACACGGAUAAUGAAUGGGUGAAAUGGAAACAGUUGGAAAUGAAAUUGCAGAAUCCCAAAAGUACUCACCCACAAGUUAUUUAAAUUAAACUCAGACUGUGUUUUCUGUUUUAGUUUCACAUCAUCAAAAGGCUCUUAAAAUUUGUAGUUUGCAAUGUAUUGAAUUGGUCUCUGAUAUUGCCACUGCAGUUUACUCUAUUGUUGUUGCAAGGUCUAUGUGAUGUUUUACUAUGAUGCAAACUUCCCAGUUUACUAAAUUAUAAUGAACCUAAAUGGAUAUAUAGCUAUGGUCUUAGCUAUGUCUAUUAGAUUUCAAGGGGAAAGUUUAUAGCUGCAUCUUAGAGAGAGGCCUGUCCACAAUGCAUAGCGCAGCAGCAACCUACUCAUUUUGCUGUUAGUUCUCGCCUCAACUUGACAAUAGGUCACUCAAAUUGUCCCACAUUUUAUAGAUUACUGUGGGAAAGAAUCAGCAAAGCAUAGGAGUUGCUGCAUUUCAGAAUAAGCAAAACAAAAUAAUUGGAAAAUUCCAGUGACAACAAUUCUGAGUUUGACUUA